AGCACGAGCGAGGGGCGGGGCCACUCGGACGGUGGCCGGGAAGGUACAGAGUAGUUAGGGAUCCCGGGUCGGGACGGGGAUGGUGGCCGGCAUGGAGUAUCUGGAGCGUUGCGCUUGGUUCGUCCGGACUACGCUAGUGCGGGCGGCGGUGCGGCGCUACCUGCCUUGGGCGCUGCUUGCCUUCAUGCUGGGCGGCUCCUUAAUCAAGGAGUUCUCUCCUCUGCCCCCGAGCUACCUCAGCAACAAGCGCAACGUCCUCAACGUGUAUUUUGUCAAAGUGGCCUGGGGCUGGACCUUCAUUCUUCUCCUGCCUUUCAUUGCCCUCACCAACUAUCAUCUGACAGGGAAGGCUGGUGUCGUCCUCAGGCGGCUGUGCGCACUUCUGGUGGGGACGAUGGUCUGGUAUGUCAGCACAAGUAUCUUCUUGAACAUUGAACACUACACAGGCAGCUGCUACAAAUCACCUGCCCUGGAAAGUAUUCGAAAGGAGUAUAACAGCAAGGAGGAGUGCCGUAAAGGUGGCGGGUUCUGGCACGGCUUUGACAUCUCUGGCCACUCCUUCCUUCUGACCUACUGUGCUCUGCUCAUUGUGGAGGAGAUGGCUGUUCUGCAAGAGGUCAAGAUAGACAGGAGCCAUGGCCUGCACUUCACUCUCACCUCCUUGGUCGUUGCCUUGGGCUGCUUGAUGUACAUCUGGGUUUGGAUGUUCCUUUGCACUGCUGUCUAUUUCCAUGACCUGUCUCAGAAAGUGUUCGGUACCCUGUUUGGCUUGGUGGGCUGGUAUGGAACAUAUCGGUUCUGGUACCUGAAACCUUUUUCUCCUGGACUUCCUCCCCAGAGCUCCAGUCUGAAUUUGAAGCAAGAUAGUUACAAGAAAUAAAAAAAAAUUAGGGAGCGACAAGAAAGUUAAUCUUUAUUUAUUUUGAUUAGGUAUCUUUACUCAACUAUCAGUCCUAUCUCACUUGACAGUUUUAGCAAGGACAGGGGCUGGAGAGUGGCCCAUGUGGAAUGAGUUCAUUCCCAUCCUAUUCUUGGCAAAUGCUUGAUAUUGACGGUUUCACAGCAAGGGAAAAGAUGGAAAACAUCUUACAGUCCCACCAAAAGAAGCUGUCUGGGAUCAUUUAAUGUAGGUGUAAGAGCUCUGAACAUGAAUUGUGCUGUUUAACCAGAUUGGCCUGGGCUUCUUCUGACAUUGACCUGGGACUUCUUUGUUUUUUAGGUCUUUUGGGGACCAGGACUCAGAUACAUGCUGAAUGGCUAGUUAUGCCUGGAUGCAAGGUUAAGGGCCCCAGAAUUGUCUUUAUCCUCUGCUGUCUCCUAGCUGCCAAUUGUCUUUUCGUUUGAGUGACUUUUAAUAUUAUUUAAAUGUUUGCCUUGGAUACUCUUUGCUUAAGUCUUUCAGGCUGGGAUCUUGCCCAUGGGGGAAAAAGCCUGGAAAAACUAUCUCCUUGUAAUAUUUACAUUUCUUCAGUUGACUGUAAAUAUUGCAGCCAGAUUCUGAUUGACUGCCUUUUAAACUGGAGUGCCUUAAAGACAAAAGUGUUAGAUAACUUUUGUGCACUCACUGAAAGUGAGUAAUUGUCCAUCCAUCUUCUGUUGAAACUGUGAGAAUGUUUGUUUCUUUGAGUAAAUUCUGUAAAAUUGUUGGCAGUAACUGGGUGGUUGGUUAAAGCCUUAAAUGAAGUUCUUAAGGUUUACAACCUCCCAAUCUUGUCUUUUGGUAUAAAUUUAGGUAGUUUUGUUUCUUGUCUUUUUUUUCCUUUUUUGCCUUUGAGCAAUAACUGACUUUUGAAAAACCAAAAAUUGUGGUUUGUGAUGUUAAAUAAGUUGCAGGUCAGAAAAUUGUACAGAAUGGAAGGUAACUUAUUUUUAAGAGGUUUAUUAGCUGAUUCAAGAUGAUCUUGCCAGAAUUAGUCUUUGUACUAAAAUUUCAUUUCCCUGAAUAUCACUCAGUGAUGUAAAGAGUACCUUUGUCGGGUAAAAAAAUGUACAAAUUGGGCUGCCAUGUAUUGAAGUUUUCUGUUUCUGAAGAAAAAUCAUGAUAUAUUCUUUAGUGUUGAAAGGAAGCAUUCCCCAUUAUGAGUAGCGGCAAGAAGCCAGUGCAUUUAGAAAAUACCCUAUGAGACUUGUAUUCUAGUCCUAGCUAGUUUUGUUGACUUUGGCAAAUCCCUUCCUUCUUUGGGCCUCAGUUUCCCCAUCUGUAAAAGGAAGAAUUGGAAUAGAUCUCUACGGGCCUUCUUUUGGUUUUCAGUUAAAUUUUAUUUUCAGAUCUACAUUUUCUUCCUGCCACUUCUACCUAGCUCCUCUUCCAACUGAGAAAUCGAAAAAACAAAACAAACAUGUUUCAGACAUGUAUAGUUAAAACAAUUUCCCACAUUGGCCAUGUCAAAAAAGGUCUUAAUGUGUGCUCUGAGUUCAGAGUGCCUCUUUAUCAGGGGAUAGGUAGAAUGUUUCAUUUUGGAAUUGUGGUUAGGCAUUUUGUUGAUCAGAGUUUCUAAGCCUUUCACAACUGAUUAUCUCUAAAGUAUUGCUAUUACUCUUUAAAUUAUUCUCCUGGUCCUACUUCAUUCUGCAUCAGUUCAUACAAGCCUUCCCAGGUUUCUCUGAAACCAUCCCUUUUGUAAUUUCUCAUAGCACAAUAGUAUUAUUUCACAUACAUAUGCCAUAACUUAUCCAGUCAUUUCCCAGUUGAUGGCUACCCGCCUCAGUUUCUAAUUUACUACCACAAAACAAACUGCUGCUAUAAAUAUUUUUUGUACAUAUGGGUCCUUUUCUUCUUUCUUUGACCUCUUUGGAGUAUAGACAUAUUAGUGGAAUUCCUGGGUCAAAGAGUAUGCACAGUUUAAUAGCUUUUUGGUCAUGAUUCCAAAUUGCUUUCAAGAAUGACUAGUUCACAGCUCCACCAAACAGUGCAUUAAUGUACCUGUUUUCCCACAGCCCCUCCAGCAAAUUUGUCAUUUUCCAUUUUUGGCGACUUGACCAAUCCUAUGGGUGUGAGAUGGAAUCUCAGAGUUGUUUUAUUUUGCCUUUCUCCAAUUAUUAGUAAUUUUGAGCAUUUUUGCAUCUGGUUAUUGAAAACUUAGAUUUCUUCCUCUGGAAACUGCCAGUUCAUAUCCUUUGACUAUCAAUAUAAAUUUGAAUCAGUUCUCUCUAGAUAUCUGAGAUCUUUUCUGGCUCUGACAUUCUUUGUGCUUAAUAACAACAAUAAUAAAUAAUGAUGAUGAUUUUAAUAACGGUAACUUACAUAGCAUUUUAAGGUUUACAAAGUACUUUCCUCAUGACCCCAUGAGGAUCCCUUAUUUUACAAAUGGGGACACUUAGUUUCAGGGCAGUGGAAUGACUUCUGAUUUCAAUCCUUUUCAAAAUCCUUUGCUCUUUCCCCAACAUCAUGCUGCCUCCUUGUUUUGUGUUCUUGCAUUUGCUUUCUCCCUAUAAUAAUCUAUAUUUUAAGGUUUCUUCCUGCUCUGACAAUCUGCUUUAUUAGUCUAUGUUCUAAAGUCCCUUCUAACUCAAGCAUUGUAUGUUUCUAAGCUUUGCCCCCAUCCUCCCAUUCUGUCUAUCUUGCUAAAACUCAUUUUCCUAGAUCAGAUUCCAGCUUUGUUGUUUGUUAGUUCCCAGUGGAGCAUGGUGCACAUCGAGAAGUUGAAAUAACCUGGUCAUCUUCACCCAUGGGCAGCCUCAUUGAAUCUUCUAGUCACUUGAACAAAGCCAGUCUUAAGAAGCUCUAACCUUGACAAUAGUAUUAUGUAACGAACACUACACUUUACUGCCAUAGCUCAAGCUUUUAUGAUGAGCUCUAGGAAGCAGUGGCUGCACAUCUCCUGUAAAGAUGUAUUUAAGUUAUGUAUUCCUGCCCCAGAGUGUCAGGUUAAUUGUUCAUGAAUGAAAUAACAGAUGUGAUUACACUCACUGUGACUCUGGCUAGUGGGAUUGCAUUGUGUGUUAGUAGUGUUGGCAGGACUUGAUGGGCCUUGACAGUAAUCCAGUUCCCCUUGUGAAAUUUGGACCAACCAGGUUUGUCAAAGGCAACUCCCACUUUUCCUGCCACCUGAAACUGAGAAAUGUUUCUCAGGUUCUGACUUCAGCAUCUAUAGGUAACUGUCACAAAUACACUUUUUUGCUCAGGAAGUUUGUUUGUCAGACUUAAAUUUUGGAAUGUUUUUCUCAUACUCUUGGUUUGGUUUGGGUUCAGUGUCUUUUUCACUAUGAGUUGUGAGAGUCAGUUAUACAUAAUAGGUUCGUACAAAAGGACAAGACAGCAGGAAAUAUUUGGUUUUCCUGUAUGAUCCCAGCCCCCAGGAUCCUCAGUCUUAAUCCUUUUUAUGGGGGAACAAACAACACAUUUGUCCUCUUCUAGGCUAAGACUUAAGACAUCUUGAUUCAGCAUUCAAAAAAUAUUUAUUAAGUGCUCUUCAGUAGCUUUGUAGUAGGAAGCUCACAUCCUGGUUAAGUUAACUUCUUUUCCCAGAUCUUCUGGACUGUUGACCCCUUAUAUUGCACUUAUGCCAGGCAAGAACGGGGCUGGCUCUCUGGCAGCCUUAAAAAAAUCAGAGUGUAUUGACUCCUUAAGCUCCAUUCCUCUAAGUUCUUAUGGCUUUUCAGGGUUCCCAUUCUCCCAGGGGCCCCCUUCCCACCUAUAAUUGUCAAAGAGGAAGAUGUGGUGGAAGAAAUCAGGACAUGGUUUGGGUGAAGAGCAAGAGUUACGUCUCCUGUACUCCACUUGGAUGCCAUUUUGGGUCUGGGUCUCUCUCGUGUUCCAAACUCAGCCUUGUUGUGUGUGUUGAAAGGUAAAUAUUGUCAUCAGGUGCUGAGGAAGAGCCUUCCAAGGGUGUCUGGACUCAGAAAACCGUGUCAUUGUUUUGUCUUCCAGUACUGAGGUUCAUUCACUUGGGAGCCUUGUUGUCCAGGCACAUCUGUUAUAGUCUGAGCACCAGAUUGUAUUUAAGGAAUGGCUCUUGACAUUGUUAAAUACACAGUGGAUCGUACGUGUAAACGAUAAAAUUAAAGUAAACUAAAAAAUAAAGAUUCUUGAUUCUGG